CCCUAGUAUGUGGGUGUGUGGAUAUCAUUCUGUGCAGGGGAGCCUGAAAGCAAAAUAGGCUUUCCAAAUUCGGGGAAGUGAAACUGGCUUCUAUUAAUUGCAGGAGGAAGUGUCACAGCCAAAAGAAAAGAAAAGCCUUUCUUCUGCAACUGAAACAAGAGUUCCCAAGACACAACGCAGACGGGAAUGUGGGUUUUCCUGCCACUUUGAUGGCUGCUUUCAACUCUUCGCUGUGGCUGAUCCGUCUCUUCCUACAGCUCCACCUCUUCCUGCAAACCCCUGGGGUGGUAGAAGCAGAAUCUGGAGAGGAACCAGAACUCUAUGAUGUUCUUUCAGAUGCCACCCUUGUAAAGGUCAAGCAGGAGCCCAAAUUUCUAUACACAACCGUUGGAGAGAGCGUCACCCUGCACUGCCAACUGACCCGGGCAAUUGUCCGCACUACCGUGAAAUGGUACAAGGAGUCCCAAGCUCUUGACACAGGAACCGAUUCCCGGGUGAGAAGACUCCAUCCUGACUCGCAAACAGACUUCUCCAUCCUCAUCCCCAACAUAGAACUCCAGGAUGCUGGGACCUAUUACUGUGCGAAGGAAAUCUUUGGAAUGAAGCGCAAGGGGAAAGGCAGUGUGGUUUCUGUGGUUGUUCCGCCCAAAGUGUGGCUGAAAAUGGACCCUCCAUCACCUGUCCAGGUGAAUGACACUGUGACAGUCACCUGCUACGUGGAAGGCUUUUAUCCCAGAUACAUCCUUUUUAACUGGCUGAAGGACCGGGAGGAAACCCCGCUGGAGGCGCCAGUUUCCGAAAUCCUGAAUCAGGAUGGGACCUUCUCCCUUCGGAGUUCCCUGGAAGUGACAGCAACCAAGCGGAACAGCUCUUCUGUGUUCACUUGCCGGGUUGUGCACAUCUCCCAGCCCCCCAUUAGCAAAUCUGCGGUGCUAAAAGUCUUAAGCAGCACAGGUAAGCCUGAACCCCAUUUCCCCCAGAAGUAUCUGGAUAUAUGUGAAGGCUGCUUUCUACCAAAUCAAACCAAUAGCUUGCUCAGCAUUGCCUAG